ACGGUCAAUGGUUGCCUCAGUUCAAAAACCGGUUAUUACGUUUUAUUUAGCUAGAAGCUGAAAUCGGAUCAGCAGCCAAGCGAGGAAAGACGAAAGGGAAGUCCCACCCGCGUAGAGAAGUAGAAGCAGCAGCCUGGGAUGAGACGAUGAGACGGCUAUCGAGGACGUUUCGUUCCCUUAAGCGACACCUCCCACAAGAACCCAAAUCAACAAAUCCAUCUUCUCCAUCUCCGUCUUCUUCAUCAAGGAAACCGCAGGCGAACCCAAAUCCAAGAUCAAAAUCAUCGCCAUGGCUCGUCUAUCUUAUCCUCUCCACCAAUGCACCCAUCAAGACUUACGUUGGUGUCACCAACAAUUUCUCUCGCCGUCUGAAGCAACAUAAUGGAGAACUUAAAGGUGGAGCAAAGGCAUCCCGUGCUGGAAGACCUUGGAUUUGUGCAUGCCUCAUUCGACGAUUUAGGGACCAAAGUGAAGCUUGUGCGUUUGAAUCAAAUUGGAAGAGCAUCUCUCGGAAGUUGCCACGCAAAAUAAGAGCUAAGGAUAUGUCAAAUCAGGUGGACAACAUAUCCCAUGCACUGUUGCAACAUAGGCAGGCAGCUCUAACCAAAGUUAACUGCUCAUGUAAUUUCAGCCAUUUAGAGAUUGACUGGAAACUCGAUCCCUCUUGAUACACUAACAUCAUCAAGUGCAUGCCACUAUUGGCUAUUUAACUUGUAAUCCCCUCAAUCUGUUGAGUACAUGGGUGGUAGAAUUGAUGUAUGUUGUGGUUCCUUACACUUUGUCUGAAACCACAUCGGUUGAUGGCAAAGAAUGCAGCUAUGUAGUGUCCACAGUUACUGUGUACCUAUGGCUGUUUAUUUCCAGUCUCCAGGAUAUCUGUAACAAUCUCAUCACAAGCAGGAGGCCUUGAGUGAUAUCUGCUUCAACAGACCUUAAUAGCACACCAUAUUUCCUGCACUUGCAAGAGGGAGGCAGGGAGUCAUGGAGGCAUUGAUAAAGUGACGAUAGAAUCAACACUCCUAGUUUUUUAUUCAGACUUGGCAGACAAGUGGGUGUGCCUUUUCAUCUCAUUGACUUCAAUUCGCAUAUCAUCCAAUAAGGCAAGUACAUAUGUUUUAUUAUUUCUUGGCAGCAAUUCUUCACCUGACCGGCAAACUUGGCCGGUUUUAUCAAGUUUAUGUGGCCAUAACAGUUGUACUGGGUUAUGUGCAUUCACCUUGUUUUCGCUUGUUUUCAUUACCUCAACUGAUUUGGUUGAUCUAUGUAUGAUGACAUGAUUUUUAUUCAUAUUCAAAUAUUAUUGUAUUGUUGGAAGCA